GUGACUUUACAUAGCACACCCCAUGUUGCUCCUUUUCAUGCGCUGCUCUUAACACCCUUUUGCUCCUUCUCUCUCAUUUCCUUUUUCCUUUUCUCUCUCUCCAAAAAUGGAGCAAUAUUGGGCAGAUUAAAUUGACUAACAAUGCACAACGUUCAAGACGGAAUUUACAACUUGAAGAAUGGUUAAACGCUGUUUGGUACAUUUGAUUUAGCUGAGGAUUCGAUUGUGAUUAGAUUUCACAGAUUAGUGUAGUGAUUUUAUUCUGGGUAGCGCGGAACAUAAAUGUCUGAAUUGGUGGCUCGGACUGGUCGGCAUCAGCAGCGAUAUGAAGAUGGUUAUCGCCUUAUUGCCGGGUGUAUUCCAUUUAGGUUCAGAAAUAUGGAAGAAAAUAGUGGUGAGACAUCUGAGAAGAUAGUUGAAGUAUUGAUGAUAAACUCGACAAGUGGGCCUGGUCUUCUAUUCCCAAAGGGUGGUUGGGAAAAUGAUGAAACAGUCAAGGAGGCAGCUAUCCGUGAAGCCAUAGAGGAAGCUGGAGUUCGAGGGGAUAUAGUGCACUUUCUGGGACACUACCUCUUUAAAAGCAAGACACUCCGGGACGAGUUCAGUCCAGAAGGUUUGUGUAGAGCUGCCAUGUUUGCUUUGUUGGUGAAAGAAGAGCUUGAGUGCUGGCCUGAACAGAGCCUUAGGAGAAGAAGUUGGUUGACAGUUCCAGAAGCAAUUCAAUGUUGCCGGCACCCAUGGAUGCGACAAGCUCUGGAGGACGGAUUUUUGAAGUGGCAUGACAGUGGUAUGACAAGCACAAUGAAUUGCGAGGACUAGUUUUUUUGUUUGUUCCUCUGACCAACAUUGAGGUUCCUGUUUCUGAAAUCUGAACGAAAGAAGGCAAUUGUUUAGAGCUCGAUGGUGUGUAUUAGCUUCAAUUUCAUUUUAGGACUAGGAAGUAAGAGAAGGUGCAUUUUAAUGAUUUCUCAUUGAUGAAUAGACUUGAUGGUGAAUUGGAGAAAGAAGAAACAAGAAAUCUCUCAUUUGGCUUGAUACCCACAAUUAGUCAGUUUAACAAAUGUUGGUAGUAUUGUAAUUACAUUGUCAUUUCUCAUCACAAA